AUGCAUGAUCACCAGUGUUCAUCAUCGCCAGUCUCGUUCGUAUUGUUUCAGGCACAAAUCAAUCGAGCUGAAGGAAUCCGCACGGAAGCCAACGGCUUCGUGGACCGUUCCGAGGGCCUCCUGGGAUUGGACAGCGAGCACGCAUUUCUGGCUGUGGUGCUGCCUUUGAUCCAGGACAUGAAAGUUUGCGCUGGCACCGCUGUCGAUAACAAUCGGCACAUCUCGACUGCUUUCCGGCCGCUCUCUACGGACGCUCAGGUCCGCGUUCUUGGUGAUCUCGAUCUUGGCCAUCGUCUGCAACCGGUUCCCAUGCUGGCCGGCCCCUGCCAGUCGCUCGAGCCAGUUCCGUUUGUGCCCCAGUCGUACCAGCAGCCGAACAGGGAGUACGUCCAGGGCCCGGCACAAGCCCAACACGCCCCGUUGGCUGCCCCGAACGGUGGCCCUGCGCACCUGCCGCCUGGGGCCACAGCUGCCGCGCUCAACGGCGCUUUUGCCAGCCAGGUCGCCUCCCACGUCCAGCUGGUCUACAGAGCUUCUGUUUAUCCAACAUAG